AUGCCGUAUGCCCAGCAGCAAACUUGGAACAUAACGAUUCGAAUGUUUCGUAAUGUGAUGCUGGAUACUGAAUUUGAACAUUCACUUGAGAUUCUGAAAGCAUUGAUUUUCAUCUUAAAACCCUUAAAAAUCAGUCUGAACUUGAGUUUUUGGGUCGCUUUUCUUUUGUUCAUAGAGAUCACACAGGCCAAGGUUCUCAUGUGGACCAUAAUCAAGACAUUUGUGCUGCUUAUCAAGGCACUCGGACUUUUCCAUAGUGUGUAUGCUAUGGGUGGUGCUACCAGACCGAAUACCAUCGCACAUUCUUCCGGUACAGGAAAACAGCCGGCACAGAGCUCUGGCAGCUCGUCAUCGAUGCGAACAUUGGGUGAAUUCGAAAACGAAACUCCAAUGUCUACUAGGAAAACGAAUGAUCUUGAAGAGCAAUAUAGGACUGGGAUCAACCUCAAUCAAGAUAACAUAAGUCCUAAGGAAGGACUACAAGAAAUCACACCAGAUAAAUUUGCUGUGAUCCAAAGGUCGAGGCCAUCUAGAGCACCUAUACUUGACCCGCUCCUAGCACCGGACAAAAGCUCAAUCUCCUCUAUCUCGCCUCCAGGUCAGAUCAAGAAUCUUGGUCUGUACGAGCCCGCUCUUCAUGAUUACUUUGUCAUCGAUUAUAACGGUUUUUUGUUCUGUCUUCCCAAAUAUGUAGUUGACUUGCAAGAUCAAAUGACAAUACGACCGCCCGCUCACAAUGAAGGGUUACUAUCUCGAAAUGAAGGAAAACGUAGUCUUGUGACUUUCGGAAUUGCCCGAAUGUUGGUUGGUGAUUUGACACCCAGAAGGCGCAAGCCAAGUACGGGUAGAUGCUCGGAUUCCGGCGAGAGAAAAUGGACCAAGUUGACAGACGAUGUCAUUGACCCUUCUCCUUUUGGAAAUGCCCGUGCUACUCAAAAUGUAGCCAUAUCUGAGCUCGCGCAGCGCUUGCGUAUGGAAUCAAGAAUGUCCCGAGAGACGUCUGGGUAUGAUUUUGAUGCGAUCCAUGAAGCUGUCCGAGUUAUCCCUGACGAGGUUAUCCCACAGGUUUCCGCAGAAAGAGCUGGACCUAAGACCAUAGCCGAGACUGCAGAGCGUUUGCGUUUGGAAUCAAGAAUGGCCACAGGCGUGUCAGGUUUACACACAGGUGCGACAACUACUCAACCACACUCUGCCAGUGAGACAGAGUUGUCAAAAGCAAUGCGGAGCAACUCUCCCUUGCAUCAAGGGAAUCGUGUAGACCAUCAUAGGACCCGCCUAGUCCAGAAGCUCAAUCAUCAGCUGUCUCUUUUUCAUGGUUUACCAUCCCAUGAACCAGCAGAUGCGGUGGUUUCAAGUGUGGUAGUGGCGCUCAUAGAUGAUUACGAAACACCAGAGAACUUUUCAACAUCAGAACUUCCAAAGCUCUUAGUUCUACUAGACCUAUUAUAUAAGACGGUAAAUCCGAGUCAACACUCUAGGAUCAUGGCUUGUCAUAUGUUACUUCACAUGAAAGCCUAUAUAAAGAUUAUGAUUCAACUUCCUGUCUCAGUUCAAAAACAUAUGAUCUUCAUCUUAGGCAACACUGUUUCGUUCUUACACUCUGGGUAUUUGAAUGUAUCAGGAAAACCAACAGUACACCUCUCUUUACUUAUGAGUCGACUUCGAUGGGUCAUGGACCUUUUCAUGUGGGCACUUGGAAUAAAACCAGAGCUCCUUCAGACCAUUAAUAACACAUGGGAUCCACCCCAGUGGUUACGUUCUCAAAUUCAACAUGUUUUCACUUCAGAAGAGAAUCUAUGGGGAGUAGAAUCAUUGGAAUACGCAAAUUUUCUCGGUGCAGCUAUCUCUACAUAUCUUACCCUUCAAUUUGUUGAACAUGAAGCAUUGAGAAAACUGAAUAAUGGUCGUCAAGCGGUACAAAUGAUAAAAAACCUCAAAUGGGAUCCCACAAGUCUUGGUACAGCAGAACAUUGGGAUAGGUUGUUGAACUGGAGCUCUGCUGAUUUAAAUGUUGAGCUGAUCAGAGAAUUGAGUGUUACCCCAGAGUUUUCUCAAAUGGUAAAAACCAUGGAUAAGGAUCAUGAGCUGUAUUUCUUGAUGGAUGGAAUCCAUCUACUUAGUCAUCAUGGUGGGAUUAGUGAUCAAAGCAAUUGGAAAAACUUAUUCCCAUCUGACAUGAAUCAUAAAUGGCAACAAAUCCUUAAGAAUAUAUUUUCAAUUCAAGGAAGUUCUUCAGUAACUAUAUCAAUGCAACUCUUAUCAUUCUUUUGCAAAUAUAAAGUUAAUUUAGUUGAUAUUUCAGUCAUUGCAACUGAUUUAAAAUUCAUGAUGAUCUUGGCAAGAAGUUUGAUGAGUUUUGAUCAGAUAAGAAUGAAUAAAACUUGGAUUAAAUUAGAUGAUCAACCAAAUCAUGAAUCAAUUAUUGAAAAACUUUUAUUAUACUUUACAAUCAAUCAUUCAAGAUCAAUCUUUAAAGGUUAUGAAGUUGAUUAUAUUCCAAAUUGGAUUGAAAGACAUCUUCCAGUAUCUAAAACUCAACCACAAGAUGAUUCAUUCUUAAGGUUACCUUUUGUUCUUAGUGCACAACUUUGGCUUAAUAUGCUUAAUCAUUAUAGGUAUACUGGUACAAGUAAAAUACCUAUUGAUGGAAUAUAUAUGGAAUUAAUUCAUUUUGCUCAAUCAAAAUUGGCUAGACCUAUUCCUCUUCCCACAGUAUCUUCUACACGUCUACCUGUAUAG